UCAUUGGUGUUCAAGCUUGUCCGACCAAACACUUGGCUUUGGUGAAAGUUGUUCUUUGUGUUGAUGUAGUUACGUGUUCUAUAACAGGUGGAUGGAUUUGUGGGUGUGUGUGUUUGCGCUAUCUGUUUGGAAUAUAAAGCUACAGGGUUACUUCUGAUACGCACAGUCUAGUGUGGCUACCAGAGGGAUAUCUACAGACCUAUAGACCUGUAUCCGAACACUAUUUCUAUAAUUUUUUCGGGGUGAAAGUUUCCCAGUAAAACUUUCCGAACUUAGGAGUCUUUGCCUGGACUCUGUCGGGGCUCGGCUAUCCCGGUGCCAAAGAUGUCCACCAAAAGCGGCGAUACGGGGAUUUUCACGGCUAAGAGCAAGACCCCGAGUCCGAAAAUUCAUCCCCUCCCUUGCUCUGACCCCAUAGGUAAACCCCUCGCGUGCUCGGACCCCCAGCAGAAAGGUUCUGACAUCGAUAAGGUCAGCCAGUGGCUCAACACACAGAGCGGGGAGGAAGAGGGGGGGUCCCCCACCGAACCCACGAGGCAGGUGAAGUCUCAGGCGGAGCAGACCGAGGAGCUGAAGAAGGUGGCCCCGUGGGCCAAAGACUUCAUUCGGCGGAGUUUCACCUACAAGUACAGAUUCGUGGACACGCACUGCAAUGUGGAUGACCUUGUGGAGGGGCUGAACCGCGACACACAGUUCAAUGCAGAGUUGCAGUCCUUGCCCGAUAACUACGAAGGAUUCAUUGCAGUCUUUUCAAACCCGACAACAUUUUCCUCUCAAAGUAAGUUUUUUCCCCCCUUUAAUGUAUAAGUGAGUGUAAACAUAACAUUAUGACAACUUAAUUAACACAGGAAAUGUGUUUUUUGUAGCUCUGUUUAACAAGUCACAAACGAAAUGCUCAACAAUGGCGAUGUUAAACCAGAUGGGACCCGACUGAGCUUCAUAUUUACUCAGGUGUGUAGAGCUUAAACCUUAAGUGAACACACCUAGCCUAGGAACAAAAUUGACUAUAAAUAGUAUUGAAAUAGUUGCUAGUAUAGGAGGUGCCAGAAUAGUAACGAAAGAUGAUAGUAUAGUAUCAAAAGAUGAUAGUGCAAUUCCAGGAGAUGCUAGUGCUAGUAUAGAUCAAGGACAUGCUAAAAUAGUUCUAGGAGAUGGUGGAAUAUUUCUUGGAGAAGCUAGUAUAGUUCUAGGACAGGGUUCUCAACCAUUCUAAUGCCGCGACCUUUUAUUAUAUUUCCUCAUGUUGUAGAGACUCCCAACCACAAUUAUUUUCCUUGCUACUUCAUAUCGGUAAGGUAUGUGUUUUCCGAUUGUCUUAGGCGACCCCCGUGAAAGGGUCGUUCGAUUCCCAAAGGGGUCGCGACACGCAUAUUGAGAACCGCUGUUCUAGGAGAUGCUCGUGUAGUUAUAUGGGAUGCUAGAAUAUUUCUACGAUAUUCUAGUAUAGUUCUGGGAGAUGCUGGUACAGCUAUAGGGGAUGCUAGAAUAUUUCUACGACAUUCUAGUAUAGUUCUAGGAGAUGCUGGUAUAGUUCUAGGAGAUGCUUCCAUAGCUCUAGGAGAUGCUAGAGUAGUUCAAAGAUAUACUAGCAUAUUUCUAGGAGAUACUAGUAUGGUUCCAAGAGAUGCUUGUAUAGUUCCAAUAGAUAUUAGUAUAGUUCAAAGAGAUACUAGUAUAAUUUAAGGCAAUGAUUGUCACGUACCAAAAGAUGAUAGUAUAGUGCCAAAAGACGAUAGAGUAAUUCUAGAAGUUGCUAGUAUAGUAUGCCAGUGUAUCUUUUUACUCCAGGUCCAGCUGACCAGCUGCUCAAAGCCGUGUUACGGGAAGAAGGGAUCUGGAUCGUCCUAGGAUGCCCGCCAAAACACGCCAACCGUUUCCGGAAGCCGCACCUGGUCGGCCUGAAGCAGGCUCUGGCAACCAAACAUGUUGUUGGCGUAGGUCCUUGCGGCCUGGACUACACAGUGGGGGUAGGGCCAGAUGUUCAGAAAGUCAUUUUUAAAGUCCAGCUGGAAAUGGCCGUGGAGCUGAAGCUGCCUUUGGUCAUUCAGUGCCAGAAUGCAGAUGAUGAUUGCCUGGCCAUGUUACAGCAGGUAAAAAAACUGUCUUUAUUUUUUCCCAAGCCUACUUAACAGUUUUCUAAUAUGUAACCUUAAUCAAAUUAAUUAAUUGAGAAAUACGUUUGUUAUUUGUUCAAAUUUGAAGAGAAAUGGACGGGUGGCGGCACAUUCUUUAAAACUGAGAACAUGUGAGGGGAUUCUAGAAGAACAAAACACAUUUUUCCGACUUUAGUUUCGGACAUUGCAGAAUGACAUUGGAUUGAAAGCGAAAAAUUUAAAAAAAUUGUAUGUUUAUAUUAUUAUUAGUAGUAUUAGUAUUAUUAGGUGGGUUUAUAUAGCGCAGUACCACAGGCUAGGGCUAGGCUUACUGCAGUACCCCAGGCUACGGCUAGGCUCAUUGCAGUACCCCAGGCUAGGGCUAGGCUCACUGCAGUACCCCAGGCUAUGGCUAGGCUCACUGCAGUACCCCAGGCUAUAGCUAGGCUCACUGCGGUACCCCAGGCUAUGGCUAGGCUCACUGUAGUACCCCAGGCUAUGGCUAGGCUCACUGUAGUACCCCAGGCUAUGGCUAGGCUCACUGCAGUACCCCAGGCUAGGGCUAAGCUCACUGCAGUACCCCAGGCGAUGGCUAGGCUCACUGCACUACCAAAGGCUAGGGCUAGGUUCACUCAGCUUCACGUAAAAUUAUUUUUAAUUAAAAGUUUAAAAACAAAAUAAUUUUAAUUAUAAUUGACACAAUAACACAUAUAAACAUACUUAAGUGGGUACAGAAGGCAGAUUUGUAAAAAAAAAUAUAAUAGAGCAGACAGAUUUGUACAAGUACUCCAGACAUUCUGAAAAAUUUAAAUAUUUUGUAAAUUCCUACUAUUAACACUAUUAGAAAAUUAAUUUAUGUACAUAUAAUCGUGGUAAUAUUUCAUAGCAGAUUUUAAGAAAUCAAUAAUUAAUGAAUUCCGGCAUUCAAAAUGUAAUACACUCUUAUACUUUGAUGUACCUUGUACCUAUUUGUACUAUGAUUUAUCCUGUUGUGUGCUUACGUACCUCUUUGUACUUUGAUAUACCUUGUUCAAUUUUUACUCUGUGCCUUGUUGUACUCUGAAGUACCUUGAAGAAUUUUGAAUGCUGAUUUACCUUGUUAUACUCAGACGUACCUUGUUGUCCUCGGAUGCACAUUGUUGUACCCUGAUGUACUUUGUUGUACCUUUUUGUGCGCUGUUUUACCCUGUUGUACUCUGAUUUACAUUGUUGCACUCUGUUGUGCCCUAUCAUACUCUGUUGUGCCCUGUUGUUGAAAUGUAUUUUGUAUCUUUCCUGAGACGUAACAGAACGUUGCCACGAAUAGUGCUUAAGUACGGAAGUAUGCUUUCAUGUAGAAUAUCGUGUGAUCGGUAUAUUCACAUUUCUGACUUUUCAUUUCUUUCUUAUUUCAGCACGUACCAAAAUUGCAGAAGAUCCACCUGCAGGGGUUUACUGGUGGGAAAUCCCUUGCAAGUCGUUGGAUGGCCAGCUUCCCCAACGUGUACUUCGGUUUGACAUCAUCCAUUGUCGACAGAACAGCUCCAGCUUGUGUUAAAGACAUGGUCAGGGCCGUACCUCUGGAAAGAAUUUUACUGGAAUCUGGCACCGUGGUGCCCGAGAACUUCAGGGUAAGUGUAGAAUGGGUGGUGCCCUAGAACUUUAGGAUAAGUGUAGAACGAAUGGUGCCAUAGAACUUUAGGGUAAGUGUGGAACGGGUGGUACCCUAGAACCUUAGGGUAAGUGUAGAACGGACAGUUCCUUAGAACUUUAGGGUAAGUGUAGAACGGAUAGUUCCUUAGAACUUUAGGGUAAGUGUAGCAUGGUGGUGCCCGUAAUUUUUUUUACAUCUAUAAGCUCAUCACCAGCUAGAUUCGGCUAGUCACCACCAACUACGUUACGAUACUCAUCACCUACUCACCACCUCCUGACUUUCUCAUCACCUCCUGACUUUCUCACCACCUCCUCCUGACUUUCUCACCACUUCCUCCUGACUUUCUCACCACCUACUUCUGACUUUCUUACCACCUGCUACUGACUUUCUUACCACCUGCUACUGUCUUUCUCACCACCCACUCGUGACUUUCUCACAACCUACUCAUGACCUUCUCACCACCUACUCCUGACUUUCUCAUACUCCCGAACUACUCAGACCCACUUGUCACCUCCUCCCCAUCUACUCACCAACCUACUCACCCACUCCAGUAUGUUACUUUACAAUGUUUCCAUUUUCCAGAAACACGUGGCCACAACCCAUUUCGGGUUCGCCUUGUUCACCGCCAAGGCCAUCGGUGAGCUGAGGCGGGUCUCAACAGACGAGGUCUUCAAGACAUGCAGGGAGAACACGCGUCUGUUCUACGGUGUCUGAAGUGCUCCAACCUGGAUUCGUUGUAGGAAACAAGAUUUCCAGCAUGAUUCGGAUUAGACAUUUGUUGCUCAAGAUCUAUUUGAUACUAUUAUUUUAUGAAAAAUGUUCAUUUUCGAAAUUGGUAUGAGAGUUCAUUGUUUAUAAAGAAACAGAACAAUAGAUGUACACUGAC